AUGGAUAGUGAAGGUGUCCAUCAAAUCCUCAAGGCGCUAGAAAUCGUGUACGAGCCUCGUUCUACCAACGACGCGCGUCGGCAGGCACAGGCGUUCUUGGAGGAUGUCAAGCUGAAGGAAGAAUCGCCGUACUGGGGCUACCAGUUGGCUCUUCCCGAGAACUACGCUAAGAACUACAUUGUGCGGCACUUCGGGCUCAGUCUUCUUCAACAUGCCAUUGUCAAGAAGUUCCACACGCUAGAUCGGCCCAAGGUCACGGCGGUGCGCGAAUGGGUCAUCGAUCUCGCAAACAAGGUCGAGGAAGGCGACUCGCAUUUCCUCAAGGAGAAGUUGGCCUUCCUUUGGGCCUCGCUCGCGAAGCGAAUAUGGGGCUCGUUCUUGAUCAUCAAUCCGGAGAGCAACCCUGAUGCCAAUGGCAUUUCCGAGCAACAGUAUGCUGAUGGAUGGGCCUCCAUGGACUCCGAUCUCUGGACCCUCUGGAACGGCUCCACACAGUCCAAGGAGUUGUCGCUCAUUGUGUUACGGACGUUGUUCGAGGAUAUCUAUCUUCUAGACGACCCGCUUGCUUCCAAACGGACGAGCGUGCUCAACCAGCUCAGCGUUUCCAUCGUGACUUCCGCCGAGGUUUUGGACCUCAUCUAUGAGCCAAACCCCAGUUUGAGCAUGUGCAAGAGCUCGAGCAAGGGCUGGUUUGUUGCCUGGAGUGACUUCUUGCUAGAGAUCCUCAACGAGAACGAUACCUCUUCGGCUAUUGUUCAAACGUUCGCCCCGAAAAUCCUCACAACUUUCAAAACCUGCUUGCACUGGGUGCAGCCUUCCGUGCUCAAGUCCCAGAACAUCAUGAAGACCCUCGUUGAUAUCUUGACUGUGCCGGACAUAAAAUUGAAGACAUUGGCCGUAGACUGCUUGCAUAUUCUUUUUACGCGAUCAUACGGCAACGCCGAAGAUUUUGAAUUCUUCAUAGGAAGCAUAUUCACCACUGAAGGUGUAAUGAAACUCGCUCAGUUCGAGCGUAGCUUGGUGAUUGAUCCAGACAAUCUUUGUGAGAGCACAUACACGCUUCUCAAAAAAACUGUCGAGAUGAUAGUCUCCCUCAGUGAGUACCUCAAUAUUCUGUUGCCCUCGAAGAGUCGUGUCGAUUGGGAAAAAGCCGAUGUACGCAGUUACCUCAACCUUGUUUUGGCCACAACUAGCCAUGCUAGUCCCAUCAUCUCAGGCCUUUCGUUGCAAAUGUGGGUCACUACUUUAAGGUACGACGAGCUCAGCUCCAAGCCACAAGUCAAUGACAUUUUAAUGGACCUCUUACAAAUAGCUGCUGACAGGACCAUCGAUUACAGUUCUCUUAAUGAGGAUCAUGUUUCAAAGAAGUAUCUUGAGAUCGAUUUCGAUUCAGUUCUGGAGUCUCAUUCUUUCUUGAAUAACUACAAAAAGUUUAACGAAGACAUUGUGAGAAUAACCAUUUGCAAAAAGCCAGAGGAGGGUAUGCAAUGGUUGGAGAAGAGACUACAAACUUUUUUUAACUCUUCUAUUGGAGCACAGUGCAUUAAUGAUGCAUACCUUGAAGAGAAGUCUGAACCGUUCAAUUACGGCACUUCUCAAUUCAAUGUUAUAGAAAACAGUAUCCGCGGAGUGUCGAGAUGGAGGAUUUGGUAUAGUGGUACCGAUUUUGACACUAGAAACUUGCGUUUAAAUACCUUGGUGGAAGAUCUCGGUGAAAGACUACUAGCCAUGGAGCUAGCUUCUCCAUUAUUGAUUCGAAAGCAAGUACAGACAAUGGUUCAAUUUGCUCCUUUGUUGAAAGAUGUUAGUCCGUUGAUGUUUAAAGUUCUUGAGAAAAUCUUGACCACUGCCAUCUUCGAAUAUCCGGAAAAUAUUUCCGAUGAAAGACGGGAGGUGAUUCGUGACUUGAGGACUAGUUGUGGUACUGAGCUCAACAGAUUGGCUUACAUAAUGCCCGACUCCCUCAAAAAUAUAUUCGGUGAUCUCGAGAAUGUCAUUUCGGAUAUUCUUUCAUCCAAUAAGGUGAGCAAUCACGAAAAUGUUGCUUUUAAAUCUUUCCUCUUGGUAAUUGCUUCAAGAUCUUCCAUUGACAACAAAGAAGAAUUGUUUGCGAAAAUCGUUGACCCUGAACUUUCUGCCUGGUCAUCGCCUGAGACAGAAAAGGGAUUAAUGAAUUUGCAUUGGUUUAUGGAAAGAAUUGGAAUUGUGGAAAUUGCACAGUAUUUCCAGAAGCGUAAUAUUACGGUCGACUCUAACUUGCUUGAUGCUGAAAUGGAUGAAGAGGGCCGUCAACUCAAAAGCCGAUUAAAGGAUCGCUGGUCGUCAAUUUUCCCAAUUAGAGCCACCAGAAUCUUCAUUCAGUAUAGUAUUGAGAAGCUUGCCCACGAUUCUCCAGAGUACAUCAAUUUGUUACGCAUGUGGAAACCUAGAGUCCGUCCGAUUGUUCCACAUAUUCUUCAAUUGUUAACCCAAAUCCAGGCAUAUCAUAAUCCUGACAAUUGGAAAGACUUACCAGAAGCUGUUCUUGCCUUUUUGCGAUACAGUAGGAUGGAAAGGUUUUGGCAGCAAGGUGUUUCCAUUCAAAGUAAGGAGACCUUUAUCGAAGAAAGUGUCAAGGCAGCCCUCACCUUGCGCGAGUUUGCAGACAGCGUCGGUCAUCUCAUUAGAUAUACCCGUGAGUAUGCUUAUUUGACAAUUGGCUCCUUGUCUCAAUUGGAAGAUACUCUUUAUGAAAUCCCGAAUAUCGCCACUUCGCUUUGGAAUGCCUUAGCUGGUGACGUUGUCGGUGUGACUUUACACAGCUGGAAGCAUAUGAUUAACAGCUGCCUUAGAAGUGUUGUCAAAAACUGCCCAAUCAAAUUCGUUGAAGUUUUUAUGUCAGAACUUCUCCCACUUGCUUUGACAGGGUUCGACAAACUUCUUAUGGAACGCUGGGAUAAAGUGUAUGUCAACGGUCUACAAUUACAAGGUAACGAAGAUGACACUGCACUCAGUGAAGAGAUGAUGGAAGAGCACAUGCUCCGACAACUUACUGCAACUGUCGUGAGAUUCCUCAUGGACAUUGUCCCUCAAGUUAACGCCAAAAAUGUGACAGACACUCAAACAGCAUGCAAACGACUUGUUUGUACUAACAAAGAGGUUAUGGCGCCAUUCCUCCAAAUUUGUUGUCACAUUAUCGGGUUGAAAGAUACAAAAUGUUCUUUCAACACCAUUCUAGUUGUCAGAAAUAUCUUGCCAUCUAUCAUUUCAAAGGAUGACGAAGUUGACAAAUACCUUUGUUUCACUUUCAUGAAAGCUCUUUUGAAAGUGAUCAUGGAUGACUAUUUUGCUGAGACUCAUUCUGAAGCGGCAACUGUACUCACAACCUUAUACUGUGCUUUACGAGCUAAAAAUGAUUUGCCAGCACAAGUUUUGCUCGAAGCACUCCCUAAUAUUACGACUCAGCACAUGAACAAUUUUGAGACUUUGCUAGUUGGCUCAAGAUCAUUGAAGCAUCAGCGCUCUGCUCUCCUCGAAUUGGUUCGUAUUUCGGUCACAAGUCAACUGGACACGGCCGAGGAUGAUGACCUUAAGUAUAGAAAAAAGCAAUUGGAGGAAGCGAACUCGGGCUUGAAGAAGAAGGCCCUUGCCAACGAUAUCAUGAAUGACCCUUUUACAGAAAACGGAGCCUUAAAUACUAUUUUUGGUACUGAAUAG